GACUACAUGACAUUGUACAAUUCCCACAGCAAGUACUGCACAACAAAGGCAGGGACACCAUGCACCACUAGGUAACACCUAUCAUAGGUAUCACAUGAUUAAUUGCAGUAGAUCUAGCUAGCUAGCUAGAGAACGAGCAAUGGCAGAGAGUGCAGUGGUAGAAGAGCUUAAAUGUUCCAUUUGCUUGGAUAAUUUCAAGAACCCCAAAGUACUGCCGUGUUGUCACAGCUUCUGUCUCCAUUGUCUGGAGGGAGCUCACGAGAAAACUAAAGACAACAAAAGCCUAACCUGUCCUCAGUGCAAGGCUCAACAUCAGGUUCCUACCAAUGGCCUCCAUGGUUUCACCGAUGAUUACACUCUUGCUAAUCAGAAACAAGCUGCUACAAUCACACCAGUUUGUGAGCAAUGUGAUGAUAGCAACAAACCAGUGGCGUACUGCCACACCUGCUCAGACUACCUGUGUGAAGAGUGUUUAAAGGAUCACAAAAGAGUAAAAGCUAUUCAAGAUCACAAGACAGUCAAUAUCACUCCUGAUGGGAAGGCUCUUGAUAUCGAGCCCCAGGCAAAGAAGAGCUAUUCGUGCAGUGUUCACCCCGAAGAACCACUAAAGCUUUACUGCAAGAGUUGUAAGAGCUUGGCCUGCCUCCUGUGCUUUGUGGGGCUACACAACGGCCAUGACAUUGGAAGCAUCGAUGGUAAAGCAAGACAAGAAGUGAAACAAAGUAUCAACGAUCUAGUGAAAGAGACAGAUUUGAAAUUGAAGGAAUUUGAAGAUAGCUUAAAAUACGUUUCUGCAGUUGAAAAAGAAAAAACAGAAGCUCCGAUUAUACUCAAAGCUCAAGUUGAUAAGAAAGUUGAUUUUCUCAUCCAACAACUUGAAGCAAGGCGUAAAGAACUACACAAGGAGAUUGACGAUGCUUGUACGAAAGACCUCAAAGAAUUGUGGGCACAGAAAGAAUACCACGAGACAGCCAUUACGAGCAUGGAGGGUGCUCUGAGCUUUGCCAGAAGAGCUCUAGCCUGCAAGGAAGACACGGAACUACUGGCCCUCUGUGCACAAGUUACCUCCAGACUGAAAGAGCUGAGUCAGCUAAAGUUGGCUAGUCAGUCCACAAUGAAAAUUGAAAUGACAAUUAUCGAAUUCAAACAGCCUCAGAGGAAGGAAACAGAUACGACAGUUGGGGAGAUAAUUUCUACGCCAGAUAUACAAAUUACCACCACAGAGCUACAGAAUCGAGUUCGAUAUUUUUAUAACAGAAGUAUUACGUUUCAAGUAACGGCAGUAAUGAACUGUAAAUGUAAAUGGAAACCUCCUAAACUAACUGCUUCAGCAACUUAUACACAGGAAAACGAAUAUGAUCAGAAGACAUAUAAUUGUACGACCGAUGAAAAUGCUACAGCAAACAGUUGGACAGUCAAGUUCACUCCUAAACUAUCGACUACUUACACAAUUACAUUUCAAAUCAAUGGAGACUAUGGAGGUAUAGAGCUACACAAAGCCUCUGAAUACCGUAUCGAAGUAUGUAAUGAAGUCAUUGACAUCAGAAAAUUCCAUAAGUUUGGGCAAGUCGAGUAACUAGAACUG